GGUUGCUCUCUCAUUUCUUCCGUAGCAGUGCCAGAGUUGGGUGUCGACUCUGCCACCACUGCGCCAUGGGGCAAUCCCAAAGCAUCGAAGAAGGUGCCCCGCCAAUCACUCCACCCGAAGUGGAAGUCAAUCGCUGUCGAAAGGACUACUUGCACCGCCUUGGUAUCAAGAAAGAUCAAGUGGGCUAUGCCGCUUUUCAUCCACCCGUCGGACAAGUGGCAGAGGCUCCAGAGCGGCUUGAGCAUGGCAAGGAGGAGGGAGACUUUGAGAUGAACGCCUUGGGCAUCCAGAGCCAAGACGAUUUCCGAUUGAAGUACCUCCGCAAUCUCGCAUACUCCGAGGUCUGGGUUUCUAAGGCCAAAAAAGAGCCAAAGCACCAGACGGUGAUCAUCUUUGACUGGGAUGACACUCUGUUAUGCACGUCCUUCUUAAAUCUUCGCAAUCAGGACUCCAAUGUUUCGCCAGCACUCGAGCGGAACCUCAAGGACAUCGAGGCGGCGUCCAAGAAGCUGCUGGAGCUCGCAAAGCGCAUGGGCCAUACCUUCAUCAUCACCAAUGCCAUGAGCGGCUGGGUGGAGUUUAGUGCUGCCAAGUGGGCGCCUGGGCUUCUGGGUGUCCUCGAGCGAGUGCGUGUGAUCUCAGCGCGGACGAAGUUCGAGCCGGAGUUCCCUGGGGAGGUGGCAAAGUGGAAAGAGAGCGCCUUCCUGGAGGUGCAGAAGCAACUGAACAACGAGAUCAUCACUAAUUUGAUAUCUGUAGGAGAUUCCAACUUUGAGAUGGAUGCCCUGCACGUCAUGGGAAAGCAGUUUGCGCAGGCCUUGGUGAAGACAAUCAAGUUCAGGGAGAACCCCUCACCGGAGGAACUGCUGAAGCAGCUUGAGUUGGUGACGCAGAAGUUUGAAAAGAUUGUGGAGAAUGCCCGCAAUUUGAAGAUCGGCCUAGAAAGGAAGUGGGUGGGAAACCCGCAUCAUGCUUGAGACGAUGCUGAAGUCAACAGGGCCCAGCGUCACAGGCGUACAGACUGUGAUAGAUCUGCGAGCGUUUGGUUCUCAAACGGCUUGGCCAGAGGCUACAAUCCCUUGCUGUUAAGACGGCAGCACGUUUCAGAAGCAGCAGGCAACAUUUGUGAAUUUGG